AUGAACGGCUUCAGCACGGAGGAGGACAGCCGCGAAGGGCCCCCCGCCGCCCCCGCCGCCGCCCCGGGCUACGGCCAGAGCUGCUGCCUCAUCGAGGACGGCGAGCGCUGCGUCCGGCCGGCGGGCAACGCCUCCUUCAGCAAGAGGGUCCAGAAGAGCAUCUCGCAAAAGAAACUCAAGCUGGACAUCGACAAGAGCGUAAGGCACUUGUAUAUCUGCGAUUUCCACAAAAAUUUCAUUCAAAGUGUACGAAAUAAAAGGAAGAGGAAGACAAGUGACGAUGGAGGAGAUUCUCCUGAGCAUGACACUGACAUUCCUGAGGUUGAUCUGUUCCAGCUACAGGUGAACACUCUGCGACGUUAUAAACGACACUACAAAUUGCAGACCAGACCAGGCUUCAAUAAGGCCCAGUUAGCAGAAACUGUCAGUCGACAUUUCAGGAACAUACCUGUGAAUGAAAAAGAGACCCUUGCCUACUUCAUCUACAUGGUAAAGAGUAACAAGAGUAGACUGGACCAGAAGUCAGAAGGCGGCAAGCAGCUUGAAUGA